AUGCGUCUCUCGCUGCUCCUAUUUACCGCCGCCGUUGCUGUGGCGUCGGUGACAGCCCAGUAUGUGACCAGUGAAGAACGGCAAGCCAUUGUCCAAGAAGCCGUCACAGCUGCAAAAACACACGCUACGGAGGCACAGGACGAAAGAAAAGCAAAGGCACAAGAAGCUAGGGAGGGGCCAGAGAAAGUCAGACCCAGGCACUACAAACAGAACACGAAGGAGGCGCGCAGACAAGGCGAAGCCCGUCAGCUGUUUGAGAACAUGGUCCACAGAGCAGAGAGGAAACUGGCCGAGGCACAGAGGAAAUCCCAAGCCGGUGCACAGAGUGCGGAGGCAAGAGCAGAAGAACUGGCCACAGAUCUCUUUCACAGGCCCGGGUCUCUGCUGACAGAGGAAGAAUUGGCGCACAUGAUGAUUGAAAGUGAAUGCGUGGGUAGGGAAGACGCAGAGGAGUUGAAUUGCUUCACUCCCUUCAAUGUACGUUUCCGGACAGCUGACGGCACCUGCAACAACCUGGAGAACCCACUGCUUGGAGCUGCCGACACUCCGCUCUCUCGUCUCAUCCCACCUCAGUACGAAGACGGGAUCUCUUCGCUCAGGGGAGACAUCCAGAACAAGUUGGGAAAUAUUCUCCGCUCCUCGCCCUUCCAGCCCCCAAACCCCAGCGCCAGACACGUCAGCCAGACUGUCAUCCGCAACGUCAGCAAGGACGAGAGCCUCACACACAUCCUCAUGCAGUUUGGACAGUUCCUUGACCACGAUCUCUCACUCUCGCCUGAACUGGAAGACGAGUGCCCAGAGAGGGCUGCACAGUGCGAGUUCACUGAAAUAUGCCGACCGAUCAGAGUUGCCGAUUUGGACCCCAUUUUCGGGAAGGGGACAGAGAGAAACGGUGCCUGCCUCUCCUUCUCACGCUCUCUUGCCGCUUGUCCAGAUCCCGAGGAACCGCUGGUUAAUGGUGGUAUUAGAGCCAGAGAGCAAGUUAACGUCCUCACGUCGUUCAUCGAUGGCUCCAUGAUCUAUGGCUCAGACGAUGAGCUUGCCAGAAGGAUAAGGAAGAACGAAAGCGGCUUGCUCACGGAAGGGAUUGCUCAGCCAGGGAAAAAACCGGAGCUGCCUCGUAUCGCUGUAGGGGACAAUUUCAGGGAAGAUGGCGAGCCGUUGAUUGGCUGUCCAAACCCGGGCACCACAGGCUGUUUCUUGGCUGGUGAAUUCAGAGUCAAUGAGCAAGUGGUACUCUCCGUCAUGCAUACACUGUGGUUCCGUGAGCACAACCGCAUCGCCCGUGAGCUCGCACGCAUCAACCCCCACUGGGCGCAGGAUGACGAGCGACUCUACCAGGAGGCCAGGAGAAUUGUUGGUGCCAUUAUCCAGAAGAUAACUUACCUCGACUACCUCCCAAAAAUCCUGGGUCAGACAGUUUUCGACAUUGUCAUCGGGGAGUACCUCGGAUACGACCCUAGAAUCAACCCUGGUGUCAACAAUGCCUUUGCAACUGCAGCGUACAGAUAUGGACACACCCUCAUCCGACCGUUCUUUGACAGACUGGGCUCCAACUACCAAAACAUUGCCGCAGGACCCCUCAGUCUACUGAACGCCUUCUACGAUCCUGACCAGUUCCGCCUCAGCUUUGGCACCGACCCCCUAUUGAGGGGUCUGGUGACCCAAAAUGCCCGCCGUGUGGAUGAGUUUCUCAGCUCAGCCCUCACAAAUAGUCUCUUCCGUGAGCAGAUUGACCUGGCCUCCCUCAACAUUCAGCGUGGACGCGAUCACGGACUCCCUCCCUACAUCGCAUGGCAGCGCUACUGCCAGACCGUCUUCCCAAAUCUGGGAUUUGCCACCUUUGAAAACACGCUCACUCUCGUCCGGUUCUUGGAGAUUUACGGCUCUAGUGACACUAUUGAUCUGUGGAUUGGUGGCCUUUCCGAGGACAGGCUGCCCGGCUCGCUGCUAGGUCCCACCUUUGCCUGUCUCUUUGGCAUCACCUUCGCCAAUAUCAGAGAUGGCGACAGAUUGUACUAUUCAAGACCAGGGGUGUUUAAACCGGAUCAACUUGCAUCCAUCCAGCAGCACACUUUUGCCAGCGUCAUUUGUGACAAUGGCGAUGACAUUACAACGAUCCAGAGAGACGUUUUCCUUGCCGGACGACACCGUGUGUCGUGCGCUCAGAUCCCCCGAAUCAACCUCGAACUGUGGAGAGAGGAAAUGUGCUACUUCCGCGUCAGAGUACUUCCCCUAAACAUCCCAGUUGGGCUCGAGAACUUCUUCCGUUCCGAACUCAGCUCGUUCUCCUUUGUCAACAUGUCGGUUCCAGCCAGUCCCCUUGUCCAGUUUGAAUGCAUCGCCGUCCAAUGUCCCAAAGUGGGACAAUCGGAAGAAAUCGUCUUUUUCCCCUUCGCUUCGGAGGCACAGCUAGAACUCACACCCAAUUCUAUGCUCCCUACUAACAUAUUCGAAUCUCCCUUCUUCUACGCCUCCCUGCCACAGCCACUCUUUGGUCAGGCCGGAAGUGGAAUAUUCACUUCGCUCAGUGCCUGCCAAGGUGGAAGUGAUUCAGCUUUCUCUGUUGGACUCGGUGCAUCGGCUCAGCAACAGACCAAUGGUGGCAGUUUGAUACCUACCGUACCGGAUCGUCUCAGGGAUCUUUUGUUUGGCGUGGGCUCUCCUGCGGCACAGGCCACGCCUACUGAGAGCGACGGAGAAUCAGAUGCUCAGCUCAUGUCUGAUCUUGAGGAUGCCCUCAAAUCCCUUCAAGGUUGA